ACGGCACCGUCGGCGCGUUCCCGACACGAACAUCCGUCGCAGUCGCAGUCCUCGUCGUCGUCGUCGUCGUCGUCGUAGUCGUCACUUCCGUUUCCGGUCACGUCUCGCGCGAGUGUUUGCGAAGUGCUGAGCGCUCGUCCCGACGACGUUCGUGCGAACCGGAAGCGUUGUAUACAACUGCGGCGAGCUCCAACGGUUGACCGAUGUUUUUUUAUUCGGACGUGACAAUAGAAAAGUUUUGAUAAAUUAAUAAAAAAUAAAUACGGUUCUUUACGUGCACGGAUCGAAAACCAACUCGUAAAUUGUACGUGAACCGUAUCCGCUGCAUUACUAUUGUACCUGCACAUGCCACUGUUUGCCCACCCGCGUCGUCGCCUCCGUCAACGUUGACGGCAGUCCGUGAUCACCAACGCCGCCGCCGUAUCAAAAGACACCUCGGGUAAUGCCGGUAUUAUGCUUAGGGUAGAUGACUGUGUAGUCUUAAGACGGGUAUCCAUGGGUGGUGGUGAAGAAAAUCCAGAACCACCAACCGAUACAGGAAGUCGUCGAACAAGCAAUGUUCUUAAAAAUGAGCUCUUACUACAUGAAGCUGUCAUAAAAAAUGAUCCAGAAGCUGUACAAAGGGUAAUCAAAGAACCAUUAGAUGUGAACUCUCGAAAUAAUUAUGGCAGAGCUCCUAUUCAUUGGGCAUCUUCUCGAGGAAAUACUGAAAUUAUGGAAAUGUUGAUAAAUGCAAAAUGUGAUAUUGAAGCCAAAGAUAAAUACGGAAUGCGUCCGAUUUUAAUGGCAGCGUGGCAUGGUCACACGGAUGCUGUCCAGAUGCUGAUUAACUAUGGAGCCAGUGUAAAUACAAUAAAUAAGAAACAGUACACGCUGCUGAUGUGCGCGGCGAGGAAUAACCGUCUGUCCGUGGUCAACUUCCUAUUGGACAACAUCGACGACGUCGGUCUGGACGCGUUCGAUACGGACCAUCAGACGGCCCUGCACCACGCGGCUAUCGCGGGUCACACACACGUCGUACGGAGACUAGUGCACGCCGGGGCCAACACGAGCACCACGAACAAGCAAGGAAGAACGCCACUACACUCGGCGUGCGAAAAAGGACAUGUAGACGUGGUUGACUUUUUGCUCGGACAUGGUGCCGAUAUGUUGGCGAAGGACGAAGAACAAAACAGUCCUCUGCACGUAGCCGUUGAAAACAAACAAACGCUUGUCGUGCAAAUGUUAUUAGAAGCAGGAAAUCCGACGAACCUGGAGAAUAGCAAAGGACUGACCGCGUUGCACAUAGCCAGUAGCCACGGAUGCCGGGGAAUAGUGGAAAUGCUUUUAUCGGCCGACUGCGACAUCGACCGGCAAAGCAAGAACGGAAACACACCUCUACACAUGGCUUGUUUGUCGAAUAAUGUAGUGAUUGCCGAAAUACUGAUUGCCAAGGGAGCAGAUCUCAAUGCCUUGAACACGAGGUUGCAAUCACCUAUUCACAUAGCAGCAGAACAAGGAUAUUCAGAAAUAUGUAAGCUACUUCUUAGUGCCGGGGCCAACAUCGAACAACGUGAACAGGGAGGUAAAACACCGCUAUAUAUAGCAGCUAGAGGAAGUUUCACUGCCAUAGUGGAUAUGAUCAUAAAAACCGCUCGAUUAGAAUACACACCUAAGAAAAGAACUAGGCCGAAAACGCCAGAAGAACGAAGGAAAUGGAAGUGUAAUCCGGAUCUGGACGUCUCGAUAGCGCUACAAGAGACCGAUCAAAAUCUAGAAAUGAUACUACGAAAGUUAGCCCAUAAGCAACUAAGUCCUGGCGAAUGGAAAAAAUUGGCUCACUUGUGGGCAUUCACAGACGAACAAAUCAAAGCGAUCGAACACCAAUAUAUAGGUCCGUCCAGUUACAAACAACACGGCUAUAGAAUGUUAAGAAUUUGGGUGGACAGUCUAGGGCCUGAUCUUGAUCCAAUAGAGGAACUAAUCGACAGCCUAAACACAAUCGAAAAGAAAAAUUUAGCAGAUGCAAUCUGCAAGAAGCUAAUGCGGCAGAAAGAAAAAAGUGAGAAAAAACCUGACGACAAGACCUGCGUCGUUUCUUGAACACGCACACACAUGUAUUUUUGUUUUAUUUUUAUUUUCAAAACAACUGCUGUAUAAACAACCGGAUGAAAAAUUGAAAGUAUAAUAUUCUACGUUUGUUGCAGUUCACGUGUUGAAUAUAUAAAUUAUAGUAUUUAUUUUAAAUGAAAAACUGGUGUUUAAAAACAACAACGUAAUUUUUUCGAAAAAAAAAAUCAUUAUUACCGUUCGGAUUCGUCAACCAUAGUCUGUAAAUAAUGACAAUAUAUUAUAAUCGAAUCAGGAACCGGAACCGUUUGAAUUUAUUGCCACCGGAUCCGGUACAGGUUCUCAGAAAAUAAAAUAACUAUUCCGAUUCUUUGUUAAAAAAAAAAAAAAAGGGUACCAGUUUCUGUUAUUAAUAAAAUAUAAAAUUAUUUCUAAUCUGGUGAGCAUACUAUAAUAUACCAUCGUCCACUUGUUAUAGUGCAUUAAAAUAGUAAUAUUGUUGUAGUAAACGAAAAAUGAUUUUACAAUAUAUUGCACCAAACCAACGUAACCUCCUAUGAACUAUACAAAACACAGUGGUACUAUUAUCAAAUCAAAAAUUACAGUCACCAUAAUAUUAUUUUCGAUUGACAAAACGUUUCACUUACGCAUCGUUUUGCCAUAAUUACACACUAUACUCCGUUCUCCGAGAGCAACUAGUUAUCGCAUUUUCACCACUUUUUAGCGCGUUGACUCUGCCGUCUCCAUCUCUGAUUUUCCCUACCACGUGGGGCUACCAAUAUGUGAACGAGCAUAAACGAUCGCGCUGAAAAGUGCUAGGAAUACGCAUAAAUAGACGAGUUUUGAUCGCUAUCCAGUUCCGUUCUCUCGGCGAACAGAAUAUAACUAUCUAUUUUAUUAUUAUCAUCGCUUUAUUUCGAAGACAAUAUAAUGUUGAGUUGAUUUUAAUUAUGGUAUUUCACUGGUAAAGAUAUUUCCAAAUAAUUCUAUUUUGUGAUAAAUAUACAUGUAAUAAACACUUCAGAAGUAUAAUAAUCUUAAAUAGGUACUUAUCCAGAAUGCGAUUUUUUAUAUAUUUCUAGGUAUAAAUAUUAUGAGAAUGGAUCCCUGUUUAUUUAUAAAUAAAG